CUCGUGCUGGGCAUCGAAAGCAGCUGCGAUGACACGGGCGUGGCGGUGGUGAGCACCAGCGGGCGUGUGCUGGGCGAGAGCCUGGCCACGCAGGCCGACAUCCACGCCGCCUGGGGCGGCGUGGUGCCCAAGCUGGCGCAGGAGGCGCACGAGGCGGCCAUCGACGGCUGCGUAGAGGCAGCGCUGGCGUCCGCGGGUGUGACCCCAGACCAGCUGGACGCAGUGGCGGUGACCAUCGGCCCAGGCCUCAGCCUGUGCCUGCGGGUGGGGGUGCUCAAGGCGCGCCAGCUGGCAGCUGCCCACCAGCUGCCGCUCAUCCCCGUGCACCACAUGGAGGCGCAUGCGCUGACCGCCGCCGCCUCCGCCGCCUCUCCUGCCGCCACGCCGGACCUUGUUGAGUUCCCCUUCCUCUGCCUGCUCAUCUCGGGCGGCCACAACCUGCUGCUGCUGGUGGAGGGGAUUGGGCAGUACACGCAGCUGGGGACCACCCUAGAUGAUGCCCUGGGGGAGGCGUACGACAAGGUGGCGCGGCUGCUGGGGCUGGACCUGCGGCCCUCGGGCGGCGCCGCGCUGGAGGCGUUUGCCGCCGGCGGCGACCCGCGCGCGCUGCCGCUGUCUGUGCCCAUGCAGCGCCGCCCCACCUGCGACUUCAGCUAUGCAGGCCUCAAGACCGCAGUGCGGCUGGCUAUUGAGGAGCAGGCGCCAGAGGCCACGGAGGGCAACCGCCAGGUGCGGGCCGACAUCGCGGCCAGCUUCCAGCGCGUGGCUGUGCAGCACCUGGAGGAGCGGUGCCGGCGCGGGGUGCAGUGGGCGCAGGAGUCGCACCCGCAGGUGCGUCACCUGGUGGUGGCGGGAGGGGUGGCCUCCAACCGGUACAUCCGGGGCCGGCUGGCGGCGGUGGCGCAGGCCGCGGGCCUGCGCCUGGUGUGCCCGCCGCCGCGGCUUUGCACCGACAACGGCGUCAUGGUGGCGUGGGCGGGGGUGGAGAGGCUGCAGCUUGGCCUGGCGGAGGCGCCGCCCGCCAGCGGCGAGCCGGGGGAGGGCGAGUGGGUGGACCUGCGCCCCCGCUGGCCCCUC